UCUCUCUCUCUCUCUCUCCUCCCAAAUUUUACUCCCCCUUCUCUCUACCCUCUCUCCCCAAUUCUACACCCCAUCUUUCUCUAAAAUGCUGAAACUCUGUUUCUCUCUCUAAAAAAAUGUUGAAAAAAUUUAAAUCCCUAGCUCUCUCUCUCUAAAAAAAUGUUGAAAAAACUAAAAUCCCUAGCUCUCUCUCUCUAUAAAAUGAUGAAAAAACUGGAAUCCCUAGCCAGGCUCAAGCGUUUCCUCACUCGCAAAGGCAAAGGCAAAGGCAAAAGCAAAAGCAAAUCCGAAUCCGAAACCGAAACCGAAACCCCGAUGGCGAAAUUCCGGCCCUUUCUCUUCCCUGAAACCCAAUCCGCUGUUCUUCCUGAUCCCCCUCCCUUUUUCUCCCCCCAAAUCCGAAACCCUCCUCUUCCCACAAACACCUUUUGGCAAAACUUUGCCCUCAAAAAUGGCGACCAACCUGAAUAUAUGCACCCUUAUCUCGUCAAAUCCUCAAAUUCUUCUCUCUCUAUCUCUUACCCUUCGCGCUUUGUCCAACCCAACUUCAUAUACCAGGUCUUCAUACCCAAUAUCACAAUCUCUUCUUCUUCUUCUCUCUCUCUCACUGUUCACCAUGAAAUCACUUCUUUUGAUGACCUUUCUCUCUCUCUUGCCUUACCAGGAGGUCUGGUCUUUCCUCUGGUUCGUGGGUCGCCGUAUAUCACCUGUUUGAUUCGUUCUUCGGAUACCCAAUUCACCAUUUCCUCCUCAAAUGCCAUUUUGAGCGUCACCUCGUCGAAUCAUUCGACGAAACAUGUAGUGAAGCUGAACAAUAACCAGACAUGGGUGAUAUACUCCUCUUCCUCUCUCUCUCUAGCCAAUGAUCUCACGGUCUGCAAUUUCACAGGGAUCAUAAGGAUCGCUCUCUUGCCUGACCCAUCCAGCGAGCCGAUCCUUGAUAAGUUCAGCUCUUGCUAUCCUCUUUCUGGAAAAGCUGUGUUCUCAAAACCAUUUACUCUCUCUUAUGAAUGGAAGAAGAAGGGAUGGGGUGAAUUGCUCCUUCUCGCUCAUCCCCUACACCUGCAACUUCUCUCCAAUGAAUGUAAAGCCACCGUUGAACCAGGGCUUUCUUAUCGAAGCAUCGAUGGAGACCUAAUUGGAGUCUCUGGUGAUUCAUGGGUGUUGAGAACCGAUCCAAUUCCAAUCAACUGGCAUUCAAUUGGUGGUAUCAAAAACCCUGAAUCCUCAAUCCCAGCUAUAGUUUCAGCUCUGAAACAAGAUGUCGAAGGCCUAAAACAAGGCUUGCCUGCGACUAGUUCCACAUAUUUCUAUGGAAAAGCGAUUGCUCGGACUGCUCGAUUAGCAUUGAUUGCAGAGGAAGUUGAAUUGCCUUCGGUGAUUCCAACUAUUCAACAAUUCUUAAAAGACUCCAUUACUCCGUGGCUCGAAGGUAACUUUGCAGGGAAUUCAUUCCUUUAUGAUCCGAAAUGGGGUGGAAUUGUUAGCAAAGUUGGGUCAUCAGACUCUGGAGCUGAUUUUGGAUUUGGAAUAUACAAUGACCACCAUUACCAUUUGGGCUACUUUCUUUAUGCCAUUGCUGUUCUUGCAAAGCUUGAUCCAAUUUGGGGUAGAAAGUUCAGGCCUCAAGCUUACUCAAUUGUAGGUGAUUUCAUGAGCCUCUCACAUCAAUUUGGGUACCCAAAGCUUCGAAAUUUCGAUCUAUGGAAGCUCCACUCUUGGGCAGGCGGGCUCACUGAAUUCGCAGAUGGCCGAAACCAAGAGAGCACAAGCGAAGCCAUUAACGCUUAUUACUCCGCUUCUCUUCUUGGAUUGGCCUAUGGAGAUGGGCAAUUGGCUUCAAUCGGGUCGACCCUCACUGCCAUGGAGAUUCGAGCUGCUCAAACAUGGUGGCAUGUGAGAGAAAGAGGAGGAAUGUAUGAGAAGGAGUUUAAUGAGAAAAACAGGGUUGUGGGUGUGUUGUGGUCUAAUAAGAGAGAUGCGGGUUUGUGGUUUGCACCACCAGAGUGGAGAGAGUGUAGGCUUGGGAUUCAGGUGCUACCAUUGUUGCCUGUGACUGAGGUGGUGUUCUCUGAUGUUGGCUUUGUGAGAGAAUUGGUGGACUGGGCAAUGCCUGCUCUAGAGAGACAAGGGGUUGGAGAGGGGUGGAAGGGUUUUGUGUAUGCUCUGGAAGGGGUUUAUGAGAGAGAGAAGGCAUUAGAGAAGAUUGGGAAGUUGACGGGGCAUGAUGAUGGGAAUUCUCUCUCUAAUUUGCUUUGGUGGGUUUAUAGCAGGCAGGAUGGGGAAGAGGGAUCAGAUGGGAGGUGGUGCUGGUGUUAUACCCACUGAUAGUAUUGCUAGGCUUGUUUGAGUUUUGAAAACAUAUAUAAUAAAGAUUUUAUUUUUAGUACAA